CCGUGCACUCCCGGGACUCGCCCCCACCACAGCGUAGGAAAAUUACCUGGGGGGUUGGGGGGGAGGAAGGCUCCGAUACCCCCAACUCCACUGGGCUCGGCGCCCGCACCCUCUGCUCCCUAGUAGUCCGACUCCAGAUAUCCUCCUGCAGUCAUCCUCCAGACACACUUGGAGACCACCCAUUCUGUAGCUGUCCCUGCCCCUCUCCAGUCCCUGGCUCCUCCCGGAAGCCGCACCUUGGGCUACGGGGGGUGCAGGACUCCCGGCCCUUGCCGGGGGGCCAGAGGCGGGGCGCACGGGGCCUUUAAGAGGCGCGGCGGCGCGGGCCCGGCUGACGCGGGCAGCUCCAGGACUCGCCACCCGCAGCGCUCAGGCUCUUCUCUCUCGACAGCACCGCAGCGAUGGAUGGAGAUGGUGAUCCAGAGAGUGUGAGCCACCCCGAAGAAGUGAGCCCAGAGGAGCAGCCAGAGGAGGCGGGCGCCGAGGCGAGUGCGGAGGAGGAGCAGUCCCGGGAGGCGGAGGAGGAAGAAGAGGCGGAGGCCGUGGAGUACCUGGCCGAGCUGCCCGAGCCGCUGCUGCUGCGCGUGCUGGCCGAGCUGCCAGCUACGGAGCUGGUGCAGGCCUGCCGCCUGGUGUGUCUGCGCUGGAAGGAGCUGGUGGACGGCGCCCCACUGUGGCUGCUCAAGUGCCAGCAGGAGGGGCUGGUGCCUGAGGGCAGCGGUGAUGAGGAGGAGCGGGACCACUGGCAACAGUUCUACUUUCUGAGCAAGAGGAGGCGCAACCUGCUGCGUAACCCGUGUGGGGAAGAGGACUUGGAGGGCUGGAGCGACGUGGAGCACGGUGGGGACGGCUGGAGGGUGGAGGAACUGCCCGGAGACAAUGGGGUGGAAUUUACCCAAGAUGACAGCGUUAAGAGAUACUUCGCCUCCUCCUUCGAGUGGUGUCGCAAAGCGCAGGUCAUUGAUCUGCAGGCAGAGGGCUACUGGGAGGAGCUACUGGACACCACCCAGCCGGCCAUCGUGGUGAAGGACUGGUAUUCGGGUCGCACGGAUGCUGGCAGCCUGUAUGAGCUCACUGUGAGGCUGCUGUCGGAGCACGAAGAUGUGCUGGCGGAGUUCACUACAGGACAAGUGGCUGUGCCAGAGGACGGCAGCUGGAUGGAGAUCUCCCACACCUUCACCGACUACGGGCCAGGCGUCCGCUUUGUCCGCUUCGAGCACGGAGGGCAGGACUCCGUCUACUGGAAGGGCUGGUUCGGGGCCCGGGUGACCAACAGUAGCGUGUGGGUGGAACCCUGAGCGACCUCCCCUAACCCCACCAUCCGCCCUCUAAGGCAGACUCUUGGAGUAGAAAGGCCUUAAUUUAGUUGAUAGCAUCCUCACCUGCCUCGCCCACACCUUGCACCUGUCUCUCUCCCGCCCCCUCCUUCAGUCUGGUCCCAAGGGGAAAGAAGGACUUGUUGCUUUACUGUGGGAUGGCUUUCAUUUGCAUCUCCACGGGCAGUCGCUUCUAGAAUGUACGAUCCGAGGGGGUAUGGGGCUGCUGCUGGAUCCCGCGCUCAUAGCAUUGUGCCUGCCUCAGAGUGGGCACUCAAUAAAUAUUUGUCCAAAGAACGCAA